AUGGAUUCGAUUGACCAUCAGAUUAACUCUCUCGCCCUGGGCAACGGCCUCCAGGAGGACGUACCCCCCGUGGCUGCUACUAAUCUACUCAAGCUUUCGGGUGUUGAUGACCCCGAGGAGGCUGGCCGCCUAGGCUGGACCAACCCGGUCCCCUUUGAUUACGGCAACCCUGACAAGAACUCUCGUGACUGGGCAGGCAUUGCUGACCGCUACGAGUGGGAUCCCGAAUUCGGCGAAGUUGGUCCUCCCAACGAGGAGCUCGAGCAGCAGCUGUUCCGCGGCAACCUCAUCCAACGCGUGGGAGACCGUCUCGACGACCUCAACGCCUACACCGUCAGGGUUGACAGUGAUGCCACUAUCCAGCCAGUCACCAAGUGGGAGGAUGCCGGCCUGCACCCGGUGAUGCUCGAGAAUAUUAGCCUCUGCCAGUACACUGCCCCAACUGCGGUGCAGUCUUACGCUGUUCCCGCGAUUCUCGCAGGACAUGAUCUAAUCUCCGUUGCUCAAACUGGAUCGGGCAAAACCGCGGCUUUUCUGAUUCCAAUCCUUUCCAAAUUGAUGGGAAAGGCACGCAAGCUCGCCGCACCCCGUCCCAACACUUCCGAGGGCUUCAACUCUGCGACAGAUGCAGUUCGAGCCGAGCCUCUGGUCCUGAUCGUGUGUCCCACCCGCGAGCUCGCUACCCAAAUCUUCGACGAGUGCCGCCGACUGUGUUACCGUUCCAUGUUGCGCCCAUGUGUUGUUUAUGGUGGUGCUCCUUCUGGGCUUCAGCGGGAAGAGCUUCAGAAAGGAUGCGAUAUCCUCAUUGCAACCCCCGGUCGACUUCUGGACUUUAUGUCGCAGACCCACGUGCUCUCUCUUCGUCGAGUUAGAUACACUGUUAUCGAUGAGGCCGAUGAGCUGCUCCAGGCAGACUGGGAGGAUGAAUUUCGACGUAUCAUGUCUGGUGGAGAUGUGAACGAGGAUGCGGAUCAUCAUUACAUGAUGUUUUCGGCCACAUUCGACAAGGAAUUCAGACAGCUCGCCAAAGAAUAUCUCAGUGAUAAUUAUGUGCGCCUUCGAGUCGGCCGCGCUGGCAGUUCUCACAGCAAUGUGACCCAGCAUGUUAUCUACGCUGAUUCGGACAAGAAGAUGCGGGCCAUCUAUGACCUUAUUGUCAGCAUGCCGCCUGUGCGCACUCUGGUUUUCGUCAACAGCAAGGAACAGGUGGACUUUGUUGACGACUUCCUCUACAACUCUGGAAUUCCGUCCACUUCUAUCCACAGUGGUAGAACUCAACGUGAGCGUGAGGAUGCUAUGCAAGUCUUUCGUGCUUUCCGCACCGCGAAAUGCCCUGUCAUGGUUGCAACUGGAGUCUCAGCCCGUGGACUUGAUGUCAUUAACGUGCUUCAUGUCAUCAACUACGACCUGCCCAGUGCCAUGCACGGAGGUAUCACUGAGUACAUCCACAGAAUCGGACGCACUGCUCGAAUUGGCAACGAGGGUCUCGCCACUUCAUUCUACAAUGAUCGGAACGAGGAACUUGCUACCGAGCUCGUCAAGAUCCUCAUCGAGUGCAAGCAGCAGGUGCCUGAUUUUCUCGAAGGCUAUCGUCCUGAGGGUGACGUGCUGGAAUUCGAUGACGACUCGGACAACGAAGCUUCCGGGCAGAAAGAGAACGAAACCUCUUCUCAGGUUGCUGAUGAAGAGCCUGUCGCUGCCGAAGCCGAUGGUGAUGAGCCUGCCGCCGAGGCCUCCACUCAGUCUAACUGGAAAGCUGCCGAGAGCGAUGACAUCUGGAACUAA